AUGAAGUUGCCUUAUUUACCAAAGGAUUAUUCCAAGAAGGAACAUAUAAUUAUCUUAUCUAUUUUAUUAUUAUUAACUUUCACAUCUUUCCUUUUAACAAUUAUUUCUACCACAGGCUCAACAUCAGAUUAUAUACCUUUAACUAAUAUUUAUUUAGGUACAGCUGAUAUCACUCAUAUUAAUGUUACAAAAGUCGUACCACAAGUUGGUCCAAUUUUAACUAUUUUAGGUACUGCUUUAACCGCUCCAAAUAGAACUCUAGAUAAUAUUUUUGAUGCUUUAAAAUCUAUCUCAGAGACUCCCGCUUUGACUCCAUUGAUGUAUCUUUUAUCAAACGCCCAAAACGUUUCUCAAUCUCUAUUAUCUUUAACCCAAUUGGCUCCUUUAGCAAUAAGUGGGAAUCCUGCUACAGAUACAAAGGAAUUAGUGGAAAUAAGUGGAUUAUUAAAAGUUUCAAAUAAUCAAUCUCAAACUUUAGAUGGGUUAAAAAAUUUAGUAGUACCAAUGUUAUCAUCAUUAACAACUACUAAUAAUACAAAUGGUUCUACUAUUAAGGAGGAUCAUACAACAGAAUUGACUUUAGAACUAUUGGCAGAUUCAAAGGAUCCAUCAAUGGUAGCUAAGUCGUUAUCUGUAUUAAAUAACUUGACUAUGAAUGAAAAGAUUCAAAUGUUACCUAUUUUCACUUUAUUUAGUCAAACUAAGAAUAUUACAGAAUUAGUAAGUUCUUUGGGAGUUAUUGUAGAUAAAUCAGACUCUGUCUCUCCAGCUAGAUCGCAAUUGGUGUUAACUACUUUACAAACAAUGUUAAAAAGAAAUCCAAACGUUACUGCUGCUUUUGCUACAAUUUCUACUUUGGCUUCCGGUGAUGACGAAAAGGCAGCUAUUGGAGCUAUUAAGACUAUCCUGGAAGAUUCUACUAAUGUUAAUAAUACCUUAACUACAUUAGGUGAUUUAAUAAAGAAUAAUGUCACUCAAUCAGAAUCUUCUAAGAGUUCUUUGGUGGCCUUAAGUUCCAUUGUCAAUAAUGUUAAUAAUACAAGUCAAGCUGUCUCCACAAUUUCUAAAUUGGCUUCUAAUACAGAUACAGUAACCACUACAGCCCAAUUAAAAGCAUUAUCGGAAAUGUUAGGUGCUACUGAUCAAGGACCAGAGACAAUUAAGAUCCUAGCUUCUUUACAAACAAGUCUAAAUCCAAAUAGUACUACCUUUAAAUAUAUUCCUUCAUUGUUCACCUUAUUAGAUGCCUCAGCCAAUCCUCCUGUGUCAUUUUCAUCGUUGGUAACCUUGACAGCUUGGGCUCAGCAAAAUCCACUAACUUUUAUCCCAAUUAUGGGUAUCCUGAAUGAUGCAUUAAAAGUUGAAAUGGUUUCUGAGCAAGAAUUGACAGGGAUGACACCAAUAUUAUUGGAGUAUUUACAAAUUCCGGUUUAUUUCCAAUUAUCAAUCUUUACUUUAUGCAAAAGAAAUUUGAAUCAUGAAAUUCUAGAAUGUUCUGCUUCGCAUGCUGUUCAAAAUUUGGAUUUCAGACAAAUCAUUUAUGAUGCAUUAGCUAAGUCAGAAUUUGCUCCUUACUUAAAUGCUUUGAAUAUCGGUGCGGAUGAUCUUUAUUUGACAGGGGAUUUAUUAAAUAGGGAACAUGAAUACGUCCCUUCUAUUAAAGCUGUGUUAUCCAUGAAUAUUGUUGGUAUUGUUUUUGCAUUCAUUACAAUGGUUAAUAUUGCCUUCUUAUUUUGGAUGAAAUGGAGUUCAAAAAGUUACGCAUGGGUUUUAGUUAUAUUCCUUGCUGCUGCAACAGCUUUAUUUUUAGGUUUAAGUUGUACUAUUCUAACUGUGGUUCUUCAAAUUAUCAAGUCAGGAACUUACAAAGACGAUUUUGGUGUUGUGUUUACAGCUGGUACUGCAUAUAACGCAAUGAUGUGGUGUGCAUUUUCUUUAGCUGUUAUUUCAGGUUUUAUUUUACUAGUUGUCGGUCUUUACGAAAGACAUCUAAGAAUUCCAUACUUGAUGAAGAAACAAAAGGAACAAGUUGCAGAUGUUGAGAGUUCAUCUAGUGCAGAAGAUGGAAUUGCUCAAGAACCUAAACCAGAGGUUGCUCCAGGUCAAAUUAUUAGACAUUCAACAGAAGACUCUUCAGGUUUCUUAAAGAAUGAUGCUGAUGAGAAACAGGAUGCAGUACCUGAAAUCCAACAAACAAAUACAUCUGGUUCAGAUAGUUUAUGA